AUGGCGGCAUCCUGGUUUGCCCUGCGCGGUGGCCGCCAGCUCGUGCUGCGGUCGCGUCUGCGCGCCGCCCCUUCCCCGGUCUCGCUGCGGACGGCAUCGCUGUCGCCCUUCAACGCCUGCCGCCGCUGCCUGCACAACUCCUCGCAGCAACAGCCGUCUCCCUCGACUCGCCGAGGAGUGUACACUAGCACUGUCGCCGACCAUGGCGACCCCCACCCCCAGGAUAUCUUCCAGCCCCUCGACACCUUCCCCCGCCGCCAUAUUGGUCCGUCUCCCGAUGCGGCCGGCGAGAUGCUGGCCGUCCUGGACCCUCCGGCGGCUUCGCUGGACGAAUUCGUCAAGCAAGUCCUGCCGGCGGACGUGAUGUCUAAGAAGGACCUGAAGGUCACCCAGCCCCACGCCGAUAUCAGCCUGUACCGUUCCCCCGUGCAAGGUGGCCUGGGCGAAACCGAUAUGCUCAAGCUGUUGGACACCUACCGCAAGAACAUUGAUGUCUCCGGCAAGACGUAUAUUGGCACCGGCUACUACCCGACCAUCGUGCCUCCGGUCAUUCUCCGCAAUGUGCUCGAGAACCCGGCUUGGUACACUAGCUACACGCCCUACCAGCCGGAGAUCAGCCAGGGCCGUCUGGAGUCUUUGCUGAAUUUUCAGACCCUGACUGCCGAUCUGACCGGUCUUCCGUUUGCCAAUGCCUCGGUUCUGGAUGAGGCGACCGCCGCCGCCGAGGCCAUGACCAUGUCCUUUGCCACCAUGCCGGCCUCGAAGCAGAAGAAGGCCGAGAAGUCGUUCGUUGUUUCGCACCUGUGCCAUCCGCAGACCAUUGCCGUGAUGAAAUCGCGUGCGGAGGGCUUUGGCAUCAACCUGGUGGUUGGUGACAUUCUGGCGGAUAACUUCAAGCUAGUCAAGGACCAGGGUGACCACCUGAUUGGUGUUCUGGCUCAGUACCCCGACACCGAGGGUGGUAUCUUCGAUUUCCAGUCCCUGAGUGAUUCUAUCCACGGCCAGGGCGGUACCUUCAGCGUGGCUACGGAUCUGCUGGCUUUGACUGUCCUGAAGGCACCCGGCGAGUUCGGUGCUGAUAUCGCGUUCGGUAGCGCCCAGCGAUUGGGUGUUCCCAUGGGCUUCGGUGGCCCGCACGCUGCAUUCUUCGCUUGCGCCGACAAGUACAAGCGCAAGGUUCCCGGCCGUGUAGUCGGAGUUUCCAAGGACCGCCUUGGUAAUCGCGCUCUCCGGCUGGCUCUGCAGACUCGCGAACAGCACAUUCGUCGCGAGAAGGCUACUAGCAACAUCUGCACAGCCCAGGCUCUGCUCGCCAACAUGACAUCCAUGUAUGCCAUCUAUCACGGUCCCACUGGUCUCAAGUCCAUCGCUCAGCGCAUCAUGUCCAUGACCACUCUGCUUCGCGAGAAGCUCGUCGCCAUGGGAUACAAUGCUCCCGCGAGCUCCAACGCUACUGAUGCCGGUGUUGUUUUUGAUACCCUGGCCGUUGAACUUCCCAGUGCUGCCGAGGCCGAUGCCAUCAUGGCCGAGGCUCGCGCUCAAAAGAUCUUCCUACGUCGCUUGGGUGGCAACAAGGUUGGCCUGUCGCUCGAUGAGACUGUCGGCCGGGAAGAGGUCAAGGGUGUCCUGGAUGUCUUCGCUGCUCACAAGUCUCUCGCCCCUGUCGAAGUUGAUGGCACUCUCGGCCUCGCAUCUGUGCCGGCCAGCCUGGAGCGCACUUCGCCCUACCUGACCCAUCCUGUUUUCAACACCUACCAUUCCGAGACUGAGAUGCUGCGGUACAUCCGCCACCUCGAGUCGAAGGAUCUCUCUUUGGCCCACUCCAUGAUCCCUCUGGGCUCUUGCACCAUGAAGCUCAACGCUACCACAGAGAUGAUCCCUGUCUCCUGGCCGGAGUUCUCCCAGAUGCAUCCGUUUGCGCCUGCUGAUGUGGCCAGGGGCUACACGCAGAUGAUCGAUGAUUUGGAGCAGCAGCUGGCCGACAUCACCGGUAUGGCCGAGGUCACUGUGCAGCCCAACUCGGGUGCGCAAGGUGAGUUCGCCGGUCUGCGCGUCAUCAAAAAGUACCAGGAGGCUCAGGGCGACUCCAAGCGCAACAUCUGCCUGAUCCCUGUCUCCGCCCACGGCACCAACCCUGCCAGUGCCGCCAUGGCCGGCAUGCGGGUUGUCACGGUCAAGUGUGACACCAAGACCGGCAACCUGGAUCUCGCGGACCUACAGGCCAAGUGCGAGAAGCACAAGGACGAACUGGCCGCGUUCAUGGUCACCUACCCCAGUACCUUUGGUGUGUACGAGCCUGGUGUCAAGGAGGCCUGUCGACUAGUGCACGCGAACGGCGGCCAGGUCUACAUGGACGGCGCCAACAUGAAUGCUCAGAUCGGUCUUUGCUCCCCCGGCGAGAUCGGCGCUGAUGUGUGCCACCUGAACCUGCACAAAACCUUCUGUAUCCCUCACGGUGGCGGUGGCCCUGGUGUCGGUCCUAUCGGUGUGGCUGAGCACCUGCGUCCGUUCCUGCCCUCGCACCCGACCAGCGAGUAUCUGCAGUCCAAGCGUGGUGACAAUUCAUCGCCGCCCAUCAGCGCCGCUCCCUGGGGCAGUGCCAGUAUCCUUCCCAUCACCUUCAAUUACAUCAACAUGAUGGGUGACCGCGGACUCACACACGCCACCAAGAUCACUCUGCUGAACGCCAACUACAUCCUCUCGCGCCUGAAGCCCCACUACCCAAUCCUGUACACCAACGACCACGGCCGCUGCGCACACGAGUUCAUCCUCGACGUGCGCGGCUUCAAGGAGACCUGCGGUGUCGAGGCCAUUGAUAUCGCCAAGCGCCUGCAGGACUACGGCUUCCACGCCCCAACCAUGUCCUGGCCCGUCGCCAACACGUUGAUGAUCGAGCCCACCGAGUCCGAGAACAAGGAUGAGCUCGACCGUUUCUGUGACGCGUUGAUCUCCAUCCGCCACGAGAUCGCCCAGGUUGAGCGUGGCGAGCAGCCCAAGGAGGGCAACGUGCUCAAGAUGGCGCCGCACACCCAGCGCGAUUUGCUGUCGACCGAGUGGGACCGUCCGUACACGCGCGAGACCGCGGCGUACCCCUUGCCUUUGCUGCUGGAGAAGAAGUUCUGGCCGUCGGUGACGCGGGUUGAUGAUGCCUUCGGUGACCAGAACCUGUUCUGCACUUGCGGCCCUGUCGAGGACACUGUAUAG